AUGCCUCAGUUACCGCCCUACGAGUACACCGGCCCAGUUGACUGUAGCAUCCCGCCUGAUCGAACGCAACUGAGGGGGAAGAGUGUUGUUGUCACUGGAGGUGCAAAUGGCAUGGGAGAGGCAACGGUCCGUGCCCUUGCCGCAGAGGGGGCUUUUGUGACUAUUGCCGAUGUGAACGAAGAACGUGGGAGGGAUCUAGCAGCAGAGUUGCGUCCGAACGCACAAUUCGUGAAAUGCAAUAUUUCGUCAUGGGAAGAGCAGGUGCAAGUGUUCGAAGCGGCUAUUUCCAGUUCUCCACAUAAGAGUUGCGAUAUUGUCAUCGCCAACGCGGGCAUCAGUCGCGCGAGUGGAGAUGACCUGUGGCCACUGGACGAUCCGAAUCAGCCUCCCGUGAAGCCCGAACUGCGCAUCAUGGAUGUCAAUAUGACCGGGACUCUUUACACCUGGAAACUGGCGGUGCAUUAUUUCCGCAGGCAGCCUAAUACCGCGGAUCGAGAUAGAUGUUUCAUUAUUACAGGGAGCAUGGUCGCGUGGAUUGACUCGCCUGCAAACUGGCAAUAUACAUGCAGUAAAUACGGGCUCCGAGGGCUGAUGCGGGUCGCUCGACGCAGCUCGUGGGAGCAGGGGAUUCGCAUAAACUAUGUCGCCCCAUGUUAUAUCAAAAGCGCCAUACGCUCGCCCGAGUACGAAGCAGAGUUAACAAAAAAGGGCGUAGAAUUUGCGCCGCAGGAAGACGUCGCAGAGUGUAUGAUGAAGCUGGCCACCGAUCGAACAAUUAACGGUCAUUCAUUGAUGAUAACACCCAAGUCUGUGGCGAAGGAGGGGUAUAAAGAUGUUGAUAUGGAUGAUCAUAUUGAUGAAGGAUAUUUCAAACGAACGCAGGAGGUUCAGCUAAAGAUCAUCGGGGAUAGGUGGGAUGAAGGAUGGAGCAAGAACCGAACUGCAGAGGGAGCGCCCCGGGGAAUUGAUACUCAUUGA